AUCGGCAUCCAAGAGCAAGAAUCAACUUGAAGAGCUGGAAGCGGUUGCAAGCAAAGCAGAAGUUUAUUAGAAAGGACGGAUCCAGUUGAGCAUACUGUGAAGGGAGAGACGAAACAUACAUCUAUGAUGGCGUUGCGAGCGAAGUUGCUGAGUUUCAUGUUCUUAUCGGCGAUAUGUUUACCUUCGGUGCUCGGAGGUCGUUCCUUCCUUCAAUCGCUGCCGCCUCUGCCAUCUCUUCCAUCGCUGCCUCCUCUCCCAACUCUUUCCGUUCAUCUUCCUUCGUUGCCUCCUCUUCCAACUCAUCUCCCGACGCUGCCGCCUCUGCCCACUCUUCCUCCUGCUCAUCUUCCAAGCCUGCCACCUCUGCCCACUCUUCCUCCUACUCAUCUUCCAACGCUGCCACCUCUCCCAGCCCAUCUUCCGAGCCUUCCUCCUCUCUCCACUGUUCUUUCUCAUCUCCCAAAGCCUCCUCCGUUCCCCCAUGUUCCUUCCCAUGGCUCAGCGCCAUCUCCUUCUCAUUCGAUUUCCCCCUCUGCUCCUGACUCUAAAGCACCGUCUCCAGCUCAUUGAUCUUAGUCUGAGUCGAAAUUUCGAACAGAUCGACUCUUGGCACGUUCAGACAACAGUGGGACACAUCUGUCAUCUUCGAGCAGCUGUUAAUGGGUGAUAAUCCCUGUCUUCUAGUUUUACGGCAACAAUUUCUACUUCAUAGCCUUUGGAGCCAUCUUUGUCCGUCUUGUUUCUCGUGGACUGCUCGCUUCGAACAAAAAAGUGCCAGCCGUCUCCAACACCUGCCGUUUCUAUGGAGGGACUCUAGGACGACAAUAAUUUGGGGAUUUGUUUCAUGUGCCGAUGUAUCCCACUGCAAUAUGUGUCCUACACAAUUUACUGCUCUUUCAAGGCACCCAGCAUGCAAUGUAUUCGAAGCACGCUGUACAUUGCCGACACUCGUGUAGCAGGAUGUAGAUCGGCGCCUACUCUACCUUUCGGGACUUGGUCAGAGGCAAACCUCAGUUCUUUUCAGACGAAGAAUGCAACACCAUGUGCCCGCAAAUUUGUGAAAUAAUAAGUGAAAAUGAAAUAAUAUGUCUCCUGAAGAAAAUUUUAAACUGUCCGGUACCAUUUUUUCUCCAGCAAUAAAGGCCACAAUCUUCUUUGGA